CAAGAGGAGACUGCGCCCUUACCGUUCCCGCUGGUAAUGCCAAAUGAGGAGCAGCUGGAAAGGCUAUGCCAGUUCGUUCCAAGCCGGACAUAUCGUUUGGCGAUAUUGAAGCCCCGGAUUAGACUCUGCCCUGCCACACACUCGACUGGCGACAGCCCACGACAGAAGUCCGUGCUUCGUCGGAAGUACUCGCGAGACGAUCCUGGUCCGCCAAGUGCGUUGAUCAGCUCCUGCCUGCCCCUGCUGGAACUACAGCUCGAGUGCCUGGACAUUUCACUGUCAAAGCCUAUGUACCCUCGGAAGAUGACUGCCCUGCUGGCGGUGGACGAAGGCGCACUGCCAGACACUGUUAGGCAGCAGUGCUUCGCUCACACCCAGGCAAAGCUUUGGGGCCUGACCGUGGACCUAGCUGCUGCGUCAAACAAAGCAUCGGCUCGUCCGCCAGCACGGGCAGUGCUUUUGGAUCCGGCCUGGGCUACGAUGACCGUGCACUCGGUCUUGAGCCCCGGAGUCCUGGCUCACGGACCGACCAGCCUGGCACGGUCAUGGAGCACGGUAGAAGUUGGCCCGUUGCACGUUUCGGCAAGUAAGCAGCGAGCCAUGGCCGCCUUGGGGGUGCUGCUGUCUUGGCAUUCGGGGCCUGCGGUCACCACUACGCUGGGAGCAUCUUCACUUCUUGGGAACCUCGUUCAUGAAGGAAGCUCAACGCUCGACUUAGACGUCGGCGGCCUCUCCUGGAGCUUUUCAGAAGACACCCAAGCGUGCACACACUCAGCCAGCAUGGUGUCGCUCUCCCUGGUCCUGAAUGACAAAGACAAGAGCAUCUGUAUAGUUCGUGCACCAGAAAACACAGCUCAGGUGCCUCAAUUCGCGAGGCACGAAGGUGACGUGGAGCGAGAGCUGAGUCGGGUCGAAGAGUCCUGGAUUCGUGCCACAGCCAGAGUGCCGCUGAACUGGAGUUUCAACGCAGCUGAAGCCAGUGGCUACGUGGUGCUCAAAAUCAAGGGUGUUGCUGUCGUCAUGGAUCCCGCCCUGGUGACGUGGCUGGCUCCACUGCCUCUGAUUUUUCCAAUGGGCGGCGACAUCCAUGUGGCAGGUCCUGGGGCCAUGCCCUUUUCGCCAACGGCCAGCGAUGAUGGCAUGCCAACGUUUUCGGACGAGAAAUCACGAGAUGUGCCGCAAGAGGGUAGAGGCUCAGCCAGUGGCAGUCAGAAGAGCACCACCACCAGUCUGGUGUCCCCACCGGAUCUAGUGGGUCCACGAAGACUGCUGCGGACAAACAGUGAGGUGUCCAACUCCAGCAAUGCACCAGAGCAGCCCAAGGGAUUUCACAGCUGGCUGUACAGCACCUACCUGCACCUGAAGAACUUCUCCAUUCAGGCGGACAUUGCCAACGUCUGCGUGCUGUUUCCUCGGGCACCCAUGCUGCUCGCGUUUCCAAGGCAACAUCGGCAGCCAGGCUCGGUGGAGCCUGUGCCCGGCGUGCUGCUGCAGUGGCGCCGAGUGCUCAAAGGGGGUCCUGAAGGCAACGUAGUCUGCACUCUCUUACCGGCUGUGAAUGUGGUCUCUGCAGACUCCCGGCCCAAGCAGUCGGCCGCCGGUCCGGCUGAGCAACACGACAGUGCAUCUGGGGAGAGAUUUCCGUGGUGUGUGAAACUGAGUUCGUGGGCGGCCUUUGAAGCUUGCAGUCAGCACGUCCGCCACAUGCUCAAGCCGUCCUCCCUGUCGUGCACGGUGGCACUGACCGCCUCCAGCCACAACACUGAAGCCCAGCCCAGACUGCCUCAGCUGGGCCUCUGCAUUCACGUUGACGUCGAGCCUUUCCAUCUCAGCGUUUCCAAGAAGCAGUUGAACGAAAUCAGGCAGGUUUUGCUGUUCCUGACAGCAAUGCACACCAACGCUUCGAACACGAUGGCCUGGUUCCACCAGUCGGGUGCCAGCAUCCCCGAGCCCAUGGGCCUGAGGCCCAUUCACCGGCAGACCUCGGCUCCGAAGGGCCUUGGCAGAAGCUUGAGCCUGAGCGAGUCGGGAGAGAAGAAUGUUGCAACUCCCGUCGUGGCUGCUGCCAGUCCGGUGACCAAGACUGCCCUCGAAGUGCCCACCCUAACGUUCUGGUUCCAGUGGACGCUGCCCAAGGUUGGAGUCAACCUCUUUGGCAAGAGCGGAGAGGGGCCACUGGCAAGACAUGUCUGGCUUCAGUUUGAAGCUGAAGAUGUGACCGCAUCUCUGGACGUCCAGGAAGUAUACUCGAAAGUCAAGCUGAAGACGUCUUCCUUCAACAUCAGUUGUUUCCAGAAAAGCCCAACUUCACCGACAUCAACCUGGGAGGCUGGACCGUACGAAGGCGUCGUCUUCAGCUGCACCGAGAAGCUCAACCGUCAGACGGGCACGAGCAAGAUGAUGGCCGCCUCGUCUCCCUUGAGCCAGCACAAGCAGGCCGACUUCUUGAACCUGACAUGGACGUCCGCUCUGUGCGCACACGUUCGCAGAAACAUCCACAAGUCAAGAAAAGAGUUCACUCCCUUGACGGAAGCCGAGAAACAGGCCCUAAAGCCGCAUUUCCUCAGCGAGGUCGAUCUGAAACUCGCUCCCCUGGACGUGGUCUUGCACACGUGCGUUGCUGGUGUUGUGGCUGACAUGGCCGUGCCAGUCCAGAGCCUUCUGGAACUCCUGUGGACGCCGGCGGUCAGUGUUCCUCCAAAAGGCCAGUCCACCAAGCCAGCUGGUUGGGACCUGAACAGCAGGGCGUUGCCACUCGUCUACGUGUCUUCGGGAACCAUCCGCAUUUUUCUCCCUGUGGACGACGAUGGUGGAUCGGAGAGACUGUCGAGUAGCGGGGACGUCUGCCUCAUGCAGAUUGGAGCAGCAUCCCUCAGCCCCCAAGUGGACAACCCUCUGUGCCGUCGCCCCUUGCGGGAGGACCUGUACUGUUGGGCACAGGAACAGGGCAUGCUGAACGCCGUUGGCUCGGACUUGGAAGACCGGCAGUACCACAUGCGUCUGUCGUCCUUCUUCCUGUGCACACUGAACUGGAGUGACCUAGCAAGCCAGGAUGGUAGAGGCGAGGGCACUGCCCUGGGACCUGGUGGUAGCCAGCCCGUGACCACAUUGAUGGGUGAGAACCCGGCCUUUGAAUGGAACCGCCAACCCCCGGGGGCCCACGUGCUCGGCAGGGCAUCCAAGGCGCCUGUGCCCUUGCACUUCGUCACUUCUUGCUGUGACCUGCACGUCACCCUGGCUCCCGCCAUGAUCUUUGUGGAGAACAUGGCCGACGGAACUUCUCAGGAGGUUCUGGUCUGUGGGCACUCUGUGGAAGCAAGCAUACCACGCGACCUGCACUGCCACUUGAGCCUGGACCAAGUGGCCCUGGUGCACAGGAUCUUCUCCCAGUACCUAGGUAUUGUUGGCAAACUGGCCACAGCCACGACGCCCACGGGAAAGCACAUCUUCCCCGCACUGCGUCACGCGCCCGAGUGUCGCGAUAGCGGCCUUGGAAGUGAGCUGUCCGAGGCCCUAGAGUCUGUGCAGGCUUCCAGCGCACCAGCAGUGGGACUGAGCUUCGUGCCCUUUGACCUCUUACUGACUGCGUCGACUAUCUCUCUGACGCUUGGACAAGUGGAAGCUGACAGGCGAAAGCAGUCGCACUCACCACCAAGUUGCAGUGACGAUGAAGACAUUGGAUAUGAUGCUUCCGAGGACUCGGACAGUCGUACUGGCGAUGAGGUCGGUACGAGUUCCCACCAGACCAGCCGAGGCAAUGGCAAAGUGGUUCCACUGGCCCGCCUGGUUGUGCUGCAGCCUCAUGCUUUUCUGACGUGCUCCUCUGCGGAACAGAAAGCUGAAAUGUCGUGCUUCGACAUUCAGGUCGGCGGUGUGCCAACUGGAUUCCGUGCAGCAGGUCGCUGCCUGUCGGAGCUGGCAAGUCCAGGCACUUUUGUGGAACCCUGGCUCGAGACAAGACCUGGGGAACCCCAUCCCAAGACUGGGAUUCCACCGUCCCUUUUUACGCUCUCGCUACAUGGUUUCCUGAUGUCCCAGGUGACCUUAUGCGUCAAGGUUGGCCGGCCUGUGAGAGUGAACCUGAGUGCAUCCAAGCUGGACCAAGCUCUGCAGUUUGCAGAGCUUGCCUCGCAUCAGUGGUCUCACAUUCAGGGCUGCUCUGGCACACUCCAUCAGGACAAGUCUGUGGGCACAGAGUCCAAAGGUACACGGACUGAAGUGCUGGAGGCUCCGGCUACACCUUCCAGUGAAUGGAGGCUGUCAACAAAACUGGAGAUGGACCAGCUUGUCUUGUCCCUGGAUGUCCCUGCACAACACCACCAAAGUUUUAAAAUGGUUCUGGCCUUGGAAGGCCACACCUCCAACUUGGAAAUCCUGUGCUCAUCCAAAGGUGUUCCAUCGACCAUUGAAAGCAGGACCACGCUGUCGUCACUCCAGCUCUACACCCUCGUCGGUCAGCAGUGCAUGACUUUGGCAGGACCAUCAACCUUUGUUGUGUGGACCGACAGCUUCUGGGAGCAGCUCUCUGGUCUUCCGACGGCACACAGUGUCCUGAGGGUUCAUUGCGACAUGCUUCCGCUGAACGUUGGGCCCACGCAGUUGCUGCAUUGCAUGACGGCAGCUCACCACACGACAAACCUCGUUGCUUCUGUCACAGAAUGCCUCGAGAAAAUAGCGCCCCAUGGCAAAGUGAAAACUCCACACAAGGCGGCUGCUGCCACUGCCAAAGGUCCCCAGGGAAAAUCUUGGUGUGAUGACCUCCGCAAUGGCAGCUUCCAGUACAUCCAAGAUGAUGGCACACCCAACCCAAACGAGAUUGUCUUCCGGCGGCCACUGAAGAACGGGGAUGCUGGCGUGAUGACUUGGCGCUACCCCGAGCCACGAGUUUUGACUCGGGUUGACGUCUAUCCCGUGCCUUUCUCGUCGACUGUGACAAUGGGCACUUGCCCUCCUCCUGCAUUGCAGUGCAACCUCCAGUACUGGGACCCCUGCCAAGAGAUCUUUGUAACGUGCCAACAGUUUGAGUUGUCGGAGAGUGAGCCGUGCUUCCUGGAGCUGCCAGCGCUGGCGUUCCUUGGUGAUCAGCCCCCGCCCGUGGCAGUUGCAGACACUUGGAGGGUCGUCAUCCUUCCUCCCGAGCAGCCAGCUACGAGGGGCAGUGAAGAGCCAACUUCGGGAACUGCCAUGUCUCCCCUGGCGUUAGCCGCCUGCAUGCGUGUGGACUCCCACUUUGAUCCAGCACUGGUGCCCCAUCUAAGAGCGAGUGUGGCCGUCGAUUCCUGUCUUGUCACCUUGAACGUCCCCACCGACCAGAAAGUUCCUUCAGCAGCACUGUGGCCAUUCAAGUUGGAUCAUUCGGCGGCAAGCCCUACCAACCUCGACUUUGCCAUAGUAUCCAUGGACCACCUGUGCCUUUCCUACACCGGCUGGGAGCAUCGCAUUAAUCUUGGGGUGAACGGGUACGUGUCGUGCGACGUCACAGAACUACUCCACCUCACCCGCCUCGGCGUCCUCGACUCCGUUGGUGUCAAAGCCUCGGCCGUCAUCUGCCAGCCAUUCAACAAGGAGCCUGGCAUUGAAGUUGAGGCAUCCCUGGACCCAUGCUUUAUCAGGAUCUGCCAGCCAGUGGUGCACACACUCUCCACAGCAGCUUCCUAUUGGAGCCCGGAUGCACACACUGGUCGUUCUCCCCAGCUAUGUGGCUGUUUGCAACAACACGACGGACACUGUGUGCUUUGGCCAGGCUGGAACCGUGGAGAAGAUAUCACUUCAACAGGGGCAUAUGCAUGCCUACACAAUGGAAGAGCACCAAGGCACCAUUGAUGCUGCAUCUUGGAAUAGAAAACCAGCACUGGAAAUGGAGCAGCCCUUUCGCACUGGUCUGCGCAAGGAAAUUGCAG